CUGCUGCAGCAGCUGAGAGAGGAGGAGGGGGCUUGUGGGGAGCAUGGACACACCAGCCGGGCACAGUCCCUCCAACACACCUUCACCUCAUCAUCUUCAGCAGCAUCACUGACAGGAAAAACGGGCGGAUUGUUCCUCUUCACCCCAACAACCUGUAACUUUCUGUAAAACCUGGUGGAAAAAGAUCAUGGCGACACUGAAACUUAGGAAUAUGGACAGGAAUCUAAAGUGGGUUCCAGGUCUUGGAGCUGUGCUGCUGAUCCUCCUGAGCCACAUGAUUUCAGCACUCGAAGUGCCUCUUGAUCCUAAAGUACUGGAAGGAUUGCCUCAACCUCCCACCAUUACGCUGCAGUCCCCAAAGGAUUACAUCUUUGAUCCCAGGGAGAACAUCGUCAUCCACUGCGAGGCCAAAGGGAAGCCUCAUCCCAGUUUCUCCUGGACGAGAAACGGUACUCACUUUGACGUGGACAAAGACCCCAAAAUCCUGAUGAAACCUGGUUCUGGGACUCUUGUAAUCGACAUCAGCGGGGAAAAGGCUGAAGCCUACGAGGGAACGUAUCAGUGUAGAGCUCAAAACGAGCACGGAGCGGCUCUGUCUAAUAACAUCGUCAUCAGACAGUCCCGGUCCCCCUUAUGGUCAAAGGAGAAAAAUGAGGCUAUCAUGGUGCAGAUGGGGACCCCCCUCGUGUUGCCAUGCCGACCUCCAGCAGGACUGCCUCCUCCUGUCAUCUUUUGGAUGGAUAACAAUUUUCAGAAGCUGACCCUGGACAAACGAGUGUCUCAGGCCCUGAAUGGAGAUUUGUACUUUUCGAAUGUCCUCCCAGAAGACACCCGGAGUGACUACAUUUGCUACGCUCGCUUCCCCCACACCCAAACUAUCCAGCAGAAGCAGCCCAUUUCAGUCACGGUGCUGGACAGCAGCUCAAAGGGGGAGCGUCGCCCUGGUUUCAUGUUGCCUUUUGGCGCCACGAGCACCAAGAUGGUUCUAAAAGGAGAAACUCUGGAGCUGGAGUGCAUCGCUGAAGGAUUGCCCACUCCAGAUGUUUUCUGGCAGAAGGAAGAAGGGGAGCUGCCGAGCAGCAGGACGUCAUUCCAAAACUUCAAGAAAACACUGAAGAUUUCGAAUGUGGAGGAAAAUGAUGCUGGUGACUACCGCUGUACCGCCACCAACAAGCUGGGCUCUGCACACCACACCAUUAAAGUCUAUGUAAAAGCGGCUCCUUUCUGGGUCAGUGCUCCCAGGAACCUGAUCCUCGCUCCGAAUGAGACCGGCAUCCUAACUUGCAGAGUUAAUGGAGAGCCCAAACCGGAUAUCCACUGGUUUGUCAAUGGAAUUCCGUUAGAGAAUGCUCCUAUGGACCACAGACGCGAGGUAGAUGAUGACACUGUGACUCUGAGCAAUGUGAAGACAGGGACCAGUUCUGUCUACCAAUGCAAUGCAUCCAAUGAGUUUGGCUACCUAAUGGCUAAUGCUUUUGUUAGUGUUCUUGCUGAACCACCAAGAGUGCUCACUCCACCCAACCAAGUGUAUCGUGUCAUCACCAACAACCCUGCUUUACUUGACUGUUUCUCCUUUGGCUCUCCAUUACCGUCCAUCACAUGGUUCAAAGACUUUCAGAUCAGCAUUAAGAAUGGUGACCCAUAUGUGAUUCACAAGAAUGGGACUCUGGAAAUUAAUGUAGCCCAGCCGCAACAUAGUGGAAACUACACCUGCAUCGCCACCAACAACCUGGGGAGGAAAGAGAAUCAGGUCUCCCUGGAAGUCAAAGAGCCUACUCGUAUCCUGAAACAGCCGGAGUACAGGGUGGUGCAGAGAGGAAUGAGCGCCAUGUUUGAGUGUAAAGUCAAACACGACCGUACCCUCACUCCCACAAUGACCUGGCUGAAGGACGACAGAGAGCUGCCUCGCGACGACAGGUUUGUGGUGGGCAAGGAGAGCCUGACCAUCAGUGAUGUGGCAGAUGAUGAUGAGGGCACUUACACCUGCAUCACUAACACUAUUCUGGAUCAGGACUCCGCCAGCGCCAAGCUGACUGUUGUUGAGGCAACUCCUACUCCGGCACUCGUUUACGAGAAACCUGACCCACCAAAUGACCUGGAACUGACUGAUCAGACAGAGAGAAGCGUUCAGCUCACCUGGACCCCUGGAGAUGACCACAACAGUCCAACUCAGAACUUCCUGAUUCAGUACGAAGAUUCGCUCCACGAGCCGGGAGUUUGGGUCAACCUGACAGAUGUUCCUGGUACCAGCACCACAGCCCAGCUGCAGCUCUCCCCAUACGUGUACUACUCCUUUAGAGUCCAGGCGCGGAAUAAAGUCGGCUUGAGCGAGCCCAGUUGGCCUUCGCGACAAUACAGGACCAACCCUGCAGCUCCAGAUGAAAAUCCAACAAAUGUUCAAGGUAAAGGAACAGAACCUGGCAACUUGGUCAUCUCCUGGACGCCACUAACGGGUUUCCAGUCUAAUGGACCCGGUCUGGAAUACAAAGUCCAUUGGAGACAGAAGGACCUGGAAAGAGAGUGGAAAUCCAAAAAUGUUGUCAACUCUUCUCAACUGAUUGUCACUGGAGCUCCAAUCUACGUGCCGUAUGAAUUUAAAGUUCAAGCCUUCAAUAAUUACGGCAACGGCCCUGAACCGGACGUAGUAACUGGUUACUCAGGAGAAGACUUGCCUUUGGCUGCUCCUGACAACGUGCAGGUCAUGGUUCGUAACGGCACACUGGCUGAAGUCCACUGGGAGCCCGUUUCUGUCUCUUCUGUUCAAGGAGAAUUACAAGGAUAUAACGUGUACUACCGUCGUGAGCGUGGCCGGCAGGAGGCAGAGGGGGAAGGAGAUAAUAAAGAGCAAGUUUUAACUUUCAGUGGAAACCGCAGUGAGGGAACGCUGCCGGGACUUCACCCCUACAGUGUGUACAACAUCUUCAUUAGAGUCCUUAACAGCAAAGGAGAAGGACCUCACAGCUCCAACAAGACUUUUGAAACACCUGAAGGAGUCCCAGGUCCUCCUUCUUUUCUGAACGUGAUCAAUCCUGGUUUGGACUCUCUCACUCUGAAUUGGGGCCCACCACUAAGCAACAAUGGCCGCCUCACAGGAUACACCCUCAAAUACCAACCAGUCAAUACCACGAAUGAGCUGGGACCACUGAGGGUGAUCAACCUCGAGUUUAACGAGACGACGCUAACCCUGGGCAGCCUGAACACCAGUGUGCUCUACAAGUUUUACUUAAGUGCAACGACAAUCAAGGGCCCUGGCCCCAAUAUUACAGAAGAGGCCUAUACAGCCAUGGAUAUAACUCUUAUUCAGCCCACUAUAGAGGCGGGCAAAGGCCCCACAGAGCCCCCUCACCAAACUUCCCCCACCACUCAGUCUCUGCACUCCCCGUUUCACAAUGCGCCUCCUGUUGGCCCUGUGUUUGGCACGGUUAAUGCGUCUGCGAUUGAGGGAGGUGCAGUGAUCAGUUGGGAAUACUUUGGACUCCAAAAGAAUGUUUUUGUGGAAUAUAAUGUAGAAAACACAUCAGUUCCAGGUGAAGAGGACUGGAAAAGGGAGGUGGUAAACGGUACGCAUUCACAUACGAUAAAAGGCUUAAAGCCGGGGACGUCCUAUAGGGUGCGAGUGGUAGCUAGAGACGGCGCUGACCAGGCGGUCCACAAGACAGACAAAGUGUUGGUUACAGUGCCAGCUGUUCCCAAUCGGCAGAUAGACAUUGCCACACAGGGCUGGUUCAUCGGGCUGAUGUGUGCCAUCGCUCUGCUUAUCCUCGUGCUUCUCAUAGUUUGCUUCAUCAAGAGAAACAAAGGUGGCAAAUAUCCAGUGAAAGAGAAAGAAGAUGCUCACCAAGACCCUGAGAUCCAGCCCAUGAAGGAGGAUGAUGGAACCUUUGGGGAGUACAGGUCAAUGGAGAGCGACACCGAGGAUCACAAGCCGCUGAAGGGCAGCCGGACGCCGUCCAACGGGACGGUGCGUCGCGACGAGAGCGACGACAGUUUAGUGGACUACGGGGAGGGUGGGGACGGACAGUUUAACGAGGACGGAUCCUUUAUUGGCCAGUACAGCGGCAAGAAAGAGAAAGACACACAUGAAGGCAACGAGAGUUCUGAGGCCCCGUCGCCUGUCAAUGCCAUGAACUCAUUUGUGUAACAACGUGCUUCAGCCUGACUGCAGGGGUUGCAAUGGCCACCCAGCGUUACCCUGGCAAACAUGAGCAUCGCUGUGGUGACAGCUGCUGAGUUGACACUUGUUAUAGUAACAUACUUUUACCCCCUGGUGACUGUCUUUCUGGUGACCAAGGCUACCUACCUAGACUGCGGACAUGUCAUCAUCUCCACACCCAUCAGCCCCAGUCACACUGUGACCUCCAGAUGAACACACAAACAGUCCCCCGCCCCCCAAACCACUGAAAGAAAAGAUGGAGGAGCAAGCAAUAUAGAAUGUACCGGAGGGCUUUUACCACUCAGACUGAGCACGAGUGUGGCCAAUUGUGUGUUAGUGCCAUUUAAUCCCUAAAUAUGAUGUAUCAAAUAUUUAUAUAUUUUAAUGAAAGUACUCUUCAUGACCCGCUGGCAGGCUAAUAUGCAUCGAUUCACAUUUACAGCACCUGCAUGAAAGUAACUCGUGAGUCCGUUACGCAUUUUACAACCUUGUGUGAGUUUUUUUUGCAGAGGUAAGUUGCAUUUUUACACGGUAUUUGGUGCACGAGCCACUGGA